AACCUAACCUAACCUAACCUAACAAAUCGUAACACCACCCCUUCUCACCGACGCCGUCGCCGUCGAGUUACUUGCCAAUCGCCACCAUCGCCGGACCGGAAUCUCCAACACCGUCGCCCUAAUCGCCAGGGAAGUUCAGUUUCUUCUCUAACUCAAUCUUUCCUAAUUUUGCAAACAAAUUCUUUCAUUCAUUGCUGAAAUGGCAUCAGCUUUGACAAGAAGAAAAUAUCUGAGAUGCGUAUUUGACGACUCCAAGUUGUCCAAGAUUCUCUCUUCUGUUAAACCCUCUCAAAAACCCAGAUCUCCAAUUCUCUAUGCUGGCGCAAAUGUCAAUAUUUCGAAUCAUCGUCUGUUCUCAACGCAAAUCGCCAAAUUCCCUGAAUACGAAAUGCCCUCAGUCACCUGGGGGGUUAUCCAGGGUCGAAAAGAGAAAUUGGUUUCACGGGUUAUAAUUUGUGAUUACCUGAAGAGCAUGGGUAUUAUUCCAGAUGAAUUAGAAGACUUGGAGUUACCCUCCACAGUGGAAGUGAUGCGCGAACGUGUAGAGUUUCUACAGAAGUUGGGUUUGACAAUUGAUGAUAUAAAUGAGUACCCUUUAAUGCUUGGUUGUAGUUUAAGGAAGAAUGUGAUUCCUGUAUUGGGUUAUCUAGAGAAAAUUGGUAUUCAAAGAUCAAGAAUUGGUGAGUUUGUCAAACAAUAUCCUCAAGUUCUUCAUAUGAGUGUCAUUGUUGAGCUUGUUCCUGUAAUAAGGUUUCUUAGAGGUCUAGAUGUUGAAAAGCAGGAUUUGGGUUAUGUUCUCAUGAAGUACCCUGAGCUUUUAGGGUUUAAGCUUGAGGGAACAAUGAGCACUUCUGUUGCGUAUUUAGUUAGUAUCGGUAUUAACCCUAGGGAUAUUGGGCCAAUGGUUACACAAUAUCCUCACUUCCUUGGAAUGAGAGUUGGAACGAUGAUUAAACCACUAGUUGAUUACUUGGUUUCAUUAGGUUUACCCAAGAAGAUAUUAUCAAGAAUGUUUGAGAAGCGACCAUAUUUACUUGGUUACGAUCUUGAAGGAACAGUAAAAUUGAAUGUGGAUUGUUUGUUAAGUUUUGGUAUUCGAAGGGAAGCUCUUGCUUCUAUGAUUGCUCAGUUUCCUCAAAUUUUAGGGUUACCAUUGAAAGCUAAGUUAUCGUCGCAGCAGUACUUGUUUAGUUUAAAGCUCAAGAUCGAGCCUGAUGGUUUUGCUCGAGUUAUCGAGAGGAUGCCACAGUUAGUGAGCCUGAACCAGAAUGUGAUAAUGAAACCUGUUGAGUUUCUUCUUGGACGAGGUAUAUCGAGUGAAGAUGUGGCCAAAAUGAUUGUAAAAUGUCCACAAAUAGUUACAGCACAAUUAGGGCUUAUGAAGAAUAGUUUUUACUUUUACAAGAGUGAGAUGGGUGGAAGGCCAUUGGAAGAGCUAGUAGAGUUCCCAGAAUACUUUACUUAUAGCUUAGAAUCGAGAAUCAAACCUCGAUAUCAGCUUUUACAGAAGAAAGGUAUAAAAUGUUCAUUGGCUUGGUUCCUCAACUGUAGUGAUCAGAGAUUCGAAGAGAGAUUGCGUGGAAAUUAUAUCGAGAUGGAUACUUUUGGCCCUUCAUUUUGUAUGGGCGGUAAGCUAGAGUUGCCUGGUUCAGAGCAGCAGCAUGUAUCGGAUGAGGAAGACGACGAAAGUGACGAUGAAAUGAUCUAUAGACAAACUAUUUCACUUUAGAUCAAAUCAACUCUCUUUGAUUGAUAUGAUAUGCCUGUUGAAAUACUGUACUAGUAAUGUUCUCUUCUUGUGAUUUUGUCAUAUAUAUUCUCUAAACUAAGAAUUGAACUAUAUUAUCAUCUUGGUUCUAUGUUAUUUUCAAUCCUUAGCAAAUGGAAGCUUGAAGAAGUUUGGACAGGUAGAUUUAUUUUUUUCUGUUAGAAGCUUCAACAGUGUUUAUGUUCUAUAUUAGCUCCUAAAAAAUUCUUUACCUAUGGCUUGUUUUAUCUGGUUUUAUUUUGAA